AAGUCGCUAUUCGACAAAAGGGUCAAAUAACAAAGACUAUUUUGGCUAUAAGUGACCUGAAACAACUAAUCGAAGAAAAGAAAUUUAUCGAAGGCGACUCCGAAGAGAAUGUCGCAGCAUGGGGGGAAUCAAUCGAGGAAAAUAUAGCUUUGGCCGACGAGAAAGUGAAGCAGUUAAACGAGUAUAUUCAGCGCCUUAAAGCAGACAAACGCCAGAAAGAAAGCGCCCUGGAAAACGAAAAUAAACGACUAUUAGACGAAGAAAAUUAUGCGAGACAACAAGCCUUCGAGAAACACGAAAGAGAUAAACAACUUGCCUUCGAACAGGAACUUUAUAAACAGGCUCCUUGA